AUGGAUAUGGAAAUCGAUGAACCCACCAAUGGAACUUCUUCUUCCCGUUUGGCGCCGAUCGAAGAGGUUAAACCAACUCCCAAACAGAUCAAACGGAUUGCUGCCCACAGUCACGUUAAAGGACUCGGAAUUGAUACAGAAACAAAUGAAGCUCUUCCUGAGGGAGCUGGAUUCGUUGGACAAAUCGCCGCAAGAACUGCCGCUUCCAUCAUCGUCGACAUGAUCCGAAUGAAGAGUAUGGCUGGCAGAGCAGUUCUUCUAGCUGGACCACCGGCGACCGGAAAAACAGCAAUUGCUUUGGCAAUGUCUCACGAACUGGGAGACGGUGUUCCAUUCGUUCCACUUGUUGCCAGUGAAGUUUUCUCCAGUGAAGUCAAAAAGACUGAAGUGCUGAUGAGAAGCUUCAGAAGAGCUAUUGGUUUGAGAGUCAAGGAAACGAAGGAUGUCUACGAAGGAGAGGUCACAGAAUUGACUCCAGUUGAAACAUCAGAAAGCUCUGGUCUUGGAAAAACCAUCUCUCAUCUCCUUAUCGGUCUGAAGACAGCAAAAGGAAGCAAGCAGCUGAAAUUGGAUCCAAGUAUCUAUGAUUCGAUUCUGAAACAGCGUGUUGAAGUCGGCGACGUUAUCUACAUCGAAGCUAACUCGGGUAUCGUAAAAAGAGUUGGCAGAUGUGAUGUGUAUGCUUCCGAAUUCGAUUUGGAAGCUGAUGAGUUUGUUCCAAUGCCGAAAGGAGAUGUCAGAAAGUCAAAGGAUAUUGUGCAAAACGUGUCAUUGCAUGAUUUGGAUCUGGCGAAUUCCCGUCCACAAGGCCGUCAAGGAGAUGUAACCAACAUCGUUUCUCAGCUAAUGGCACCAAAGAAAACUGAAGUCACUGAUCGUCUCCGAUCGGAAAUCAACAAAGUAGUGAACGAGUACAUCGAAAGUGGAGUCGCUGAGUUGAUGCCAGGAGUUCUCUUCAUCGAUGAAGUCCAUAUGCUUGACGUGGAAUGUUUCACCUAUCUCUACCGUGCUCUUGAAUCUCCGAUGGCUCCAGUUGUUGUGUUCGCCACUAAUCGGGGUACUACUACUGUUCGCGGACUCGACGACAAAGCACCGCACGGAAUUCCACCAGAGAUGCUCGAUCGACUGAUGAUCAUUCCCACGAUGAAGUACAACGAAGAAGAUGUCCGCAAGAUUCUGGCACAUCGUACUGAAGCUGAAAACGUACAAUUUGACGAGAAGGCGUUCGACUUGUUGAGCAGAGUUGGCUCAGAAAAGUCGUUGAGAUAUGCAUUGCAGUUAAUUGCUCCAGCUCGUCUUUGUGCGCAGACAUGUGGAAGAGAAAUCAUUGAUUUGGGAGAUGUCGAACGGUGCACCAAGCUCUUCAUGGAUCGUAGCGAGUCGUUGCUGAAAGCGGAGGAGGCCCAGAAGAGACUGGCGGAAAAGAAUAGCAAAUAA